UUUGUGAGUCAGUCGCCUUUGAAAAUUUCUUUUUGAAUUUUUGCAUGUGUUUCUGUUUAAGCUAUCAUUCUGAUUGAGUUUUUUUGGCUGGUCAAUGUUUACAGCGAAGUUUAAAACUCUGCUGAACUUAGGACAAUGCUUUCUAGACUCUAGAGACAACGUCCAGUAUUGAAUCCUUAUCCUGUAAUCCAGAAGAAAGAAUCACUGGGGGAAGUCCUGAAUGGAGAUUGUUUGGCCAAUGCUUUAUAUGAGUUACAGUUUUGGAAGGACAAAACCGAUGAAACCCUCUGCGAGAAGAAACUUCAGGGGCAUGAAGUUGCAAAGUUCAGGGAAGGUGUCUCCAAGGAUUUUUACUUCCAGAUGUACUAUGAUCUCUCUCCCAAUUCUAAAGAACUCGACUUGAUUAUUCUUACAUUGCUUAACGGAUAAAAUCUCACAUACCUCAAUUGUAAAUUUGUAAUAGUAUUCUGACUGUUGAUCUGUGUCUAGAUAGCAUGUAUUUGUUAGCUGAGGCAUUCAUAGAUGUCGAAUCUCUGGUGAAACAUUCAAGAGCUGCUGACCAUUGUCGAUGACAUGGUUGUCAAAAGCACAAGGAUUUUUUUUAACCUUAUGCAAAAAGAGAUCUACUUCCUUAGCUUUCUGUAGUACCUUGAUAUUGAUAUAAUUCCUUUGAUUGUUUUUAUUUUCCAUUCUAGAUCAGCAUAACCCUGUUUGCUACUGGAUUCGAGCGCCACGAUGAAAGCGAAGCAAAGGUAUUUAUCAUCUUCUCCUUUUAGAUUUAGUUCGUGUAUAAUCCCUAAAACACAAACCAUUUUUAGUUUGACUGAGGACUUUUCUAAACAAAAAAGUUUCAAAGUAAUUGACAUAUUCUUUACUCACUAACUUUGAAACUUCUUGAAAGCAACAGGUUAUGAGAAGUAGAUAUGAAAAAUGAAACUGCCAUCGACUUUCUUCCCAGGUGAGCACAAACAGAAAGAGUCAAAAUGGUGUAACAAAUAUGACUUUUGACCAAGCACUUGUGCAGUGAAAGCAGCCAGAAGAAACCCACCAGGAAGGCAGGAAAGUCCUGAUUCUUUUCCUUGCUCUACAAGCCGAUCACAGGUCUCAUCUUCUCUAUAUAUUCUGAGAUCAAGCCAUGGAUACAUACAUACCCACAGAGCAAGCUCACGCAGUUAUUCAUUGCCCUAUUAUUCAAUUGACAUCUCCACACCAGUUUUACUAAGCAAAAGCUAUAUUUGGAAAUGAGUCUGUUUUCAGCCAUUCUUAGUUGCUUUCUGCCUUCAGAUUCUUCACGUGUCUCGGAUGAUCUUGCAGUCUCUGGCAAGAAAGUGAAGGAUUCAGAGAAACCCACAAAGAAAUUGGAAUCAUCAACAGGAGCUCCCAUCGUAGUUUCUCACUUCCCUGUCAAUUCCUACCUCUCUCGCUUGUAGGACUCAGAGAGUUCAUCUUCUAUGGCCUCAUCAUCAAGAGUUAUUCUUCUUUGCGAUCCUAAUGAUUGAAACUUUAUUGAACGAAGUGUUUGUACAACUCUUCCAAUGAUUGAUUAAUUUCCAUUUUUUUUAAUGUAAUAUCACCAUUCUUUUCAUAUUAUAAACAAAAUUUAUCAUCACCGGUGAGCACACGUGUGCAAAUAAUUGAAAUAUGUUUUUGUACAUUUAAAUGGACCGGCCGGUUAUUGCAACAUAUAAACCAGACCAGAUCAGGAACCGGCUCGUCCGAUUUUCAAAACACUGGGUAAAGACUAAAGACUGAUUCUUGGGCCAUCUGGCUAGCCAGUGCAUGCGAUCCACCAGCCCAUUAUUUUGGGCUUCGGCCCGCUUGGUACUGCACAAAGCACAAAAGGCUCGUGGUCUGAGGACCACAUAAUUGAGAUCCCCAAGAAGAAAUAUCUCAAGUUCUGUUACACAUUUUAACACGUGUCCACAUCCUGGCGUCACCAGAGAUCAAUAUCAGUGUGCUUCCUUAGUCCACGUCAUCAAGUCAACAUAACAAAAGCCCAAUGUGCCAUGAGUCAAAGCCCACUUGGAAAAAAAGGAUGACACAUACUUCAUUGUCCUGUCCGGCUGUUUCGUCCACAAAACCUAGUGUGUGAAAAUUGAUGAGACGUAGAGAUAUCACAUACCAUACAAACACAAAGCACUUUGCGACGUGUGUUCUUAACUUUCCACUCUUGUUCUAUAUAGUCUCUCGCUUACCCAACUCUCCUUCCACACCAAAAAACAUGAUACAAGGAGAAGCUAACUCUGUUAAGUCUCGCAGUAAUCCUAUGAAGUUCAAUACCAGGAAUUUUCCUGCAUUUUCUCGCGAACCAAACAUGCCUAGUAUUGAGCAAGGGAUCGAAGCCGUUAAAUUAUCACCCAAGGCUAGUGAAUGUCAGUUGGGACGUAAUGAGGAGUUUAAUUUAGAUGGCUCAGCUAAUGUCGCUCCAAGAGAGAGGCUGAAGAGGCACCGAGAGGACGUAGCGGGUCGGGUUACGAUACCGGAAAGAUGGGAGAAGGAGGAUCUGCUUAAGGAUUGGAUGGAUUGCUCUUCAUUUGAUGCCUUGUUAGCCCCUAAAGGAGUCGUGUCAGCUCGUGCAUCGCUUGUGAGGGAGGGACGUAGAUCGCCUUCUCAACGAUUGAGGAUAGAGAGUAGGUGUUGAAUAGUUAUUGUAUGUAUAAUCCAUCUACGUAGUUGUAUCAAUAAUUGCGUGAGAUUGCUUUUAGAUGAACAUUAUUUGUAUCACGUGUUUGUUAAGUACACUCUAUUAACCCUUUUAAAAAUACAUUGAGAGUAGGUGUUGAAUAGUUAUUGUAUGUAUAAUCUAUCUAAGUACGUAGUAGUAUCAAUAAUUGCGUGAGAUUGCUUUUAGAUAAAUAUUAUUUGCACCUCGUUGUUUUAAUGACAUUGUUGAUUGUUAAAUAACAAUUGUUGGGAUAUUAGACUCCACAUAUAUCAAUAUUGAUAUGA